GUGGUACGGACGGAAAUGGUAGCUAGGCGCAAGCACUAUCUAGCUAGCAUGCAGGGCAUAGCAACAGACAACAAGAUGGCGGAGACAGCGACGAUGGUGCGGUCGGAAGCGAUGGAGCCGGCUUGUUUGAGAUGGUCUAGUCAGCAAGUCGCAGACUGGAUGGCAGAUCUUGGUUAUCCUCAAUAUAGGGAGUGCUUCACAGCGAAUGCAAUGGAUGGUCGUAAGCUCAUUUUAGUUGACGCAUCUCAUCUUCCUUCGCUUGGCAUUACAGAUUUUGAGCACAUCAAGCAUAUCUCCAAGAGUGUGAGAGACCUACUAGAUAUUGAGGAGCCCUACUGGAAUCGCAGUAUCUCCCUGCCUCACCGGGAGACCAUGGGCAUGUACCUGGAGCGGAAGAGCAUCACCGGCCCCAAGGCCGACAGCCUGACGUAUGUCAAGUACCUCAAGGAGGUCAAGAAGGAAGAGCUGGCCAAGAAUGGCACCAAGAGGUAGACGCCGGUGGUCAAGUGGAAGGGUUUAGAAUCGGGGCCUCUAUGGGGGCGCAUUUCACUCACGCACAGCAGUUUUGGAGGGGCUUGUAUUGUUCUUGUGCAGAUCCAGUGAGAAUCACCGGCAUCUACAGUGAGUGAAGUGCACCCUAACUUAGUAGGAUAAGAGCAGGGUGAGAACCUAAAUCCAAAGGGGGAAGCCUUGGCCAGAUGCAAGGAAGUAUUUAAAAAGAUGUUUAUUAAAAUGUUGCAAAACCUUGAAAAGUUUGUACAGGAUUGGCCUGGGAUCAAGCAUUCCCAUUUUUAGCCUUAAAACCCGACUUCGGACAAAAAUCAAGUGAUUUGAACUGGCACAAGGCACACAUUGUUAUGGAAAGUGGCCCUGGCCUGCAGCCAAUGACUUCCUUGGGUGGAGGUGUUAGCAUCAGCCUGAGCCAAGUGAUUCAAACAAGGCCUUGUAAAUACGGAAACGGGCUGCCGUCUCAGAGAAUCUGGGUUUUCAUUGGCUGCUUUUCACUCUCAUCAAUCCCUCCAUUCCUAAUUGUCAAAGUGCUCAAUAACGCUACAUGGGGUGCACUCGAGUAGCUUCAACGGGCAACCCUGACCUGACAAUGGUCGUUAAUCCAAAAAGCAAGACUGUGGGGACAAAGUUGAGCCCGAGUUGAGCCCGAAUCAACCCUUAAAAGCUAUUCGAAUGCACCUAUGGUCAGCAGCUCCCGUGUGUGCUGGUGCAAAAUCUUUAAAUUAACUUGCACCCCCGAAAACAAAUGUCUUGGCAUUCUGGUUGAUUGUGAAUUCCUGUUUAAAGCUCUGUGGCCCUGCAGAAUAAUUUCUCCCCCAGCCUUCUAUUUCUCACCCAACUGUUGAAUUAAAGCUACUUUGGGAGGGAAGUUGGUUGGACCAUACUCAACAUGUAGUGCUAUAGCUAUUUCUAGGUUAACAGUUUGAAAUAGGAAGUUAAAUCGGCAACGUGAUUGUGUGUGCUAACAAGUGGUGUAAGGAGUAUUUUUGUACCUUUUUUACAUAGUAUAACAAAUUCUGGGUAUUUAUCCAAAGAUACCUACGUUGCUGCCAUGCAAGCCUCCCGAGUCCUGACCUUGAGGACUUCUGUUUGUGUCACUGUAUUGUGCACUGAAUGAAAUUGGUUUCAAUGGAAUUAUAUUAGAAGUAUUGAGAAUAUGCAUGAAUGCGUUUGAUAAUUUCAUCAUGUUACGAGACCUCUGCUUGCAUUUACAUAUUUCAUAUCAAUAGAGAAAGAUUAUUUGUCUGUAAAUCUUUGGUAUGACAAAAAUUUGCUUUCACAGUUUUCAUCAAAUACGUUUCGUGAAUUUGAAGCAAGUUGCAAUGUAGUACAUGUACAAGGAUUUUUUGUAAUUACCAGUUAAAUCAGAUUAUAUACUUGCAAUACCAUCUGGAAAGGUUUACAGUUUGUGUGAUUGUCGUAAUUUUAUGAAAAUUUGACAGUUUUUCAUUCAAAGUGGUUUAGUAGUUAGAAUGUAUCAUGGCACAUGUAAUUUGGAACUGAAUGUCAGACCUAAUAACCAUUUUCUGAACUUCUUUACUCCCUACCAGUACUCUGUUGUCCCUCCCUUCCUGACCCCCUCCCUUCCAUUUGUAGGCCACACCCCUCAUUUAAAACCACACGCUCAAGUUAUUGAUUCAUUUACCUAUUUAUUUUAUUUAUUGUUCUCAGAGACAAGUCUAAUUAUGUUGAGAACUUCAAUUUGUUUUUAUUUACAAGCAUUUGUUUUUGAUCGUAAGAAAAAUUUUUUCACCUUUGUGACUGUGUCAUUUUUACUUGUAGGAAAACUAUUUAAAAGAUGUAACUUUAAUCACUUAACUUGAACGCAGUAAAUAAAAUAGGGACCAAUACUCUUAAUUAUUCACAUUUGGUCUGUCACUUUUAAAACCUUUAUACAAGGUUUUAAAUAAGACAGGAGUGAGAUAAAGGGGAGACUUUAACAAGUUAGUCAGUACAAUUGAUAUGGACUUGAUAUGUAACAAAUUAUUUUACUUGGCUUGAAUGGUCAUAUAAAGUAUAAUUUAUGCACAUUUCAAGAUAAGUUUAUUUUUGUAAAGAACUCUCUGUCAUCUGUGCUGAACAAAAUUGUGCGAGUGUUAAAUAAACCAAAGCUGUAAAUUUCAUUGAGAAAUAAAAACCUCUCUUUUUUAAAGAAAAC